AACAAAAACAAUUGUUUUUUGUCUUCUCCAAUUUUCCUAAAAGAAAACAUAUCAAAAAAAUAAAAAAUCAAUAUAUUCUUCAUCUUCUCCUAAUAUCAUUCGUGCCCCCCUUCUCCUCUGAAGCACACCAAAACGACAAAAUCUUAACAAUAAUGGACUGUAUUGAUCUGGGUAACUAGCCAUUCACUAAAUUUAAAGAACCUAAAAGAGAAAGAAGGCUAAACUAACAAACACUGCGUCUUUCUCCUCUAUAGAAGUUCUUGGAGAAGUGUUGGUUUUGUUCCUCAACCGUAUAUCCUGGUCAUGGAAUCCAAUUCAUUCGUAAUGAUGCCAAGGUCUAAAUGCCAUAAGAACUUUAAAAUGAAGAGGAACCCUCGUAAGGUCAAAUGGACCAAGGCAUAUCGAAGAGCGCAUGGAAAGGAUAUGACUCAGGAUUCAACGUUUGAAUUCGAGAGGAAGCGGAACAAAUCGGAGAGAUAUGAUAGGAACCUUGCUGAGAAUGUGCUUAAGGCCAUUCCUAAGAUUGAUAAAAUUAGAGUCACCAGAGAGGAGAGACAUUCUAUUAUUAUGAUGAAGGGAAACAAGGUGAAGGUGCAGAGGGAGGCAACGAAGGAGUUGGAGCAGGGUAUCAGUUUGGUCAAAGCUCCUUUGGCCCUUCAGCAGGAUCCGUCUCUCACUUUACCAAAGAUCAAAGUCAUGGUUUCCCAACAGCAAUCACAGCCGAAUCAACCUAUGGAAGAGUGAUUCGUUUGGCAAUGCUGGCCUUAUCUUAUUUUGUUCCGGUUCGAUAUUUGCGGCUGGAUUAAUGACCUUCUGAGGUCCAAAUUACUAGUGUUAGUUUACUUGAGAGAUGAUUCAUGUCAUGUCAUGUUCCAAUAUUAGGAGAAGAUUAAGAACAGAUUGAUUUUUUAUUUUUUUGAUAUGUUUUCUUUUGCUUUAGAGGGAGAUGAAUGAUUAGGGGAA